ACACUUCCUAGAAACGCGCGCGGGCUCAACCCUGCCUGAACUUUCCUGUAAACAGAGCGCUGACAGGCGGCAUCCCCACUGGGUGGAUCCUGCGCUCCUGGCGCAAGUGGCACUUCUUGCUUUUAAUUAUCGAGAGGAGAGGCGAAUACGAACUAGCUGCUCGGCAAGUCAGUGCAGGAGGCUGACUUCUGGGAGGCUUGCGGGGAGGCUGGGGGAAGAGCUGGGGGAGGCUGCUGCUCUGCUCCGGCUGUUUUCUCAAUGAAUAGCUGGCGGGGAGACUGAAGCUAGCCACAGCCUCCUCCUCACUCCGCAGCUUGGUGACGGCGACAGCUCCAGCCGGGACCCGGCUCUCCAGACGCGCUCCUUGGAAUGCCCUCUUGCUACGCGCUUCUAACCCACCGGUUCCCAGGACAGAAAGGCUUUGAGAAUCCAAAUAUUGCCGGGCAAAUGGCACUUGGGAAUGGUAUUUUCUGAUGACAGCCCCUUCUGUUUGUGACAAAGCCUGUCGCCCGCAGUUGCCCCUGGAGGGAAGUACUAAGUAAAACUCAAUCGCGUCUUAAAGUGUCGCUGCAGGGGCCAGAAGAGAGUCAGCACGCACCAUGGCACCGGCCGGACACAUCUUCACCUUGCUGCUCUGGGGUUACCUGCUGGAGCUCUGGACCCCAGGUCACACCGCGAACCCCUCCUACCCCAGGCUACGCCUGUCACAUAAAGAACUUUUGGAACUCAACAGGACAUCAAUAUUUCAAAGCACCUUUGGAUUUCUUGAUCUCCAUACAAUGCUUCUGGAUGAGUAUCAAGAACGGCUCUUCGUCGGAGGCAGAGACCUUGUCUAUUCCCUGAACUUGGAACGAGUCAGUGAUGGCUACAGAGAGAUAUACUGGCCUAGCACAGCAGUAAAAGUAGAAGAAUGCAUAAUGAAAGGAAAAGAUGCAAAUGAGUGUGCCAAUUAUGUCCGGGUUUUGCAUCACUACAACAGGACACACCUUCUGACCUGUGCAACUGGAGCCUUUGAUCCACACUGUGCCUUCAUCAGAGUUGGGCACCAUUCAGAGGACCCCCUGUUUCACCUGGAGUCACACAGAUCUGAGAGAGGAAGGGGCAGAUGUCCUUUUGACCCCAACUCCUCCUUUGUGUCCACGCUAGUUGGUAAUGAACUGUUUGCUGGCCUCUACAGUGACUACUGGGGCAGAGACUCGGCCAUCUUCCGCAGCAUGGGGAAGCUCGGCCACAUUCGCACUGAGCAUGACGACGAGAGGCUUCUGAAAGAACCAAAAUUCGUAGGUUCAUAUAUGAUUCCCGAUAACGAAGACCGAGAUGACAACAAAAUGUACUUCUUCUUCACUGAGAAGGCGUUGGAGGCGGAGAACCACGCCCACACAAUCUACACCCGAGUGGGGCGGCUGUGCGUGAAUGACAUGGGAGGACAGAGAAUCCUGGUGAAUAAGUGGAGCACAUUCCUUAAAGCACGGCUGGUUUGCUCAGUACCAGGAAUGAAUGGAAUUGACACUUACUUCGAUGAACUAGAGGAUGUGUUUUUACUGCCUACCAGAGAUCCUAAGAAUCCAGUGAUAUUUGGACUGUUUAAUACUACCAGCAAUAUAUUUAGAGGCCAUGCUAUAUGUGUGUAUCACAUGUCAAGUAUCCGGGAAGCCUUUAAUGGCCCAUAUGCACAUAAAGAAGGCCCUGAAUACCACUGGUCACUGUAUGAAGGAAAAGUCCCCUAUCCAAGGCCUGGUUCUUGUGCUAGCAAAGUGAACGGAGGCAAGUAUGGAACCACUAAAGACUACCCCGAUGAUGCCAUCCGAUUUGCAAGAAUGCAUCCACUAAUGUAUCAGCCCAUAAAACCUGUUCAUAAAAAACCAAUACUGGUAAAAACGGAUGGAAAAUACAACCUGAGGCAACUAGCAGUGGAUCGAGUGGAAGCAGAGGAUGGCCAGUAUGAUGUUUUAUUUAUUGGGACAGAUACAGGAAUCGUGCUGAAAGUAAUCACAAUUUACAACCAAGAAACAGAGGGGAUGGAGGAAGUCAUUCUAGAGGAACUUCAAAUAUUCAAGGAUCCAGCCCCUAUCAUUUCUAUGGAAAUUUCUUCAAAGAGACAACAGCUCUAUAUUGGAUCAGCCUCUGCUGUGGCACAAGUCAGAUUCCAUCACUGCGACAUGUAUGGCAGCGCUUGCGCUGACUGCUGCCUGGCUCGAGACCCUUACUGUGCCUGGGAUGGCAUAUCCUGCUCCAGGUACUACCCAACAGGUGCACACUCAAAGAGGAGGUUCCGCAGGCAGGAUGUUCGGCACGGCAAUGCUGCCCAGCAGUGCUUUGGACAGCAGUUUGUUGGAGACGCUUUGGAUAGGACUGAAGAGAGGCUGGCUUACGGCAUAGAGAGUAACAGUACUUUGUUGGAAUGCACCCCAAGAUCACUACAAGCAAAAGUUGUCUGGUUUGUACAGAAGGGUCGUGACGUAAGGAAAGAAGAGGUGAAGACGGAUGACAGAGUUGUCAAGAUGGAUUUGGGCUUGCUCUUCCUCAGAGUACGCAAGUCAGAUGCAGGGACCUAUUUUUGCCAGACAGUAGAGCAUAGCUUUGUCCAUACUGUGCGUAAAAUCACCUUGGAGGUGGUCGAAGAGCAUAAGGUGGAGGGGAUGUUUCAUAAGGACCAUGAAGAGGAAAGACAUCACAAGAUGCCCUGCCCUCCCUUAAGCAGUAUGUCUCAGGGGACAAAACCCUGGUACAAGGAAUUCUUGCAGCUGAUUGGUUACAGCAACUUCCAGAGAGUGGAAGAAUACUGCGAAAAGGUGUGGUGUACAGAUAAGAAGCGGAAAAAGCUUAAAAUGUCUCCCUCCAAGUGGAAGUAUGCCAACCCCCAAGAAAAGAGGCUUCGUUCCAAAGCUGAGCACUUCCGACUGCCCAGGCACACGCUGCUUUCCUGAGGGCGCCCUCUGCCGGCUGCUUAGGAACCUAGAAUGGAAACGUUUUUUUAAGUGGGGGAAACAAAAAGACUGAAAGCAUGCCAAGUCUUUCCAUUACUUCAAAGAGCUUUCUGUAGUACUGAGAGGCGGGAAAGGUGUUUUAACUUAUUCUGCAUACUCAUCUGACUGUACAAACCUCUCACAGUACUAGUACUUAAAGGACUGUAUUGCGUAAAAGGCUUCGCGUUGUAUUUAUCAACAUAUGGUCGGGGCUGUAAUUUUUGAGCUUGCUUUUCAGGGAAAUUAUUUUACCAUGGGGAUAUGUAUUAUAAUUAUAAUAUUAAAGAAAAGGUUAUGUUUUCAUAAUCGAAAAAAACGUAAAACUAAAUCAGCUCUAAUCUUUCUGGAGGUUUUUGGGUUUUGAUUUCUUCUUGUUUGUUUGUUUUUGGUUUGGUUUGCUUUGGUUUUUCUUUGCAGCCAUGAGGUAAAAAUGCACAGAAUAUUCGAUACUGUCGGAUUCUCAUGUGAACUUUCUGGUCAGUUGUUGAUUUUUUUUUUUUCAAGCCGUAAGUUUUAAGCAGCUGUGUUGUGGUUGCUAUAAACCGUACAAGAAAUCUGUGACCUGUCCCUUCUGAGGCUUGUUCUCUUCAUGGAACGCUCACUGAAUUAUACUAAAAAUAUUUCUGUUUUAUAAACAAGACAUAUCCUUUAAAUUUCACUUCAGUGUGGAAGGAAGGAAGAUAACCUCUCAGAAAGAUAUUUUUAAAUAUUUUCAAACCAUGAAAGUAGAAUUCUGUUAACAGGUCUGUGCUUCCCUCUUGUGGUAGAAGAAGGGAUCGUCUCUCCCAGUGCCGUUUCCACACUCACCCUGCAAAGAUUUGAAAAAAAAAUAUUAAGAGUAGAUGCAUCUAGUUCCUUUUUCAGAAGACUCAAUUUAAAAAAUAAUUUUGUACUCUAAUUUAAUAUGGAAGCAGCAUGCUUGUGGAUAAUUUAUAACUUCACCACACAAUGAAGAUGUUAACUUCUUUGUUGAGCAAAGCAUUUGAGCUUUGAAAUAGUAAAAAGUAGCCUUUCAGUCCUUUCCUGAGACAAGAAGACAUUUUGGAAGUAUGUUUUACCUGUAAAGACAUUAUCAAAGCAUUCUCUCUUAGAAACGAAAUCUUGCUAUUAUAUAUUUGCUUCUUGGAUUCAUUUUACUACUGACAUCUUCAGAGAAUUAUUAUCUUUGUCUUAUAAAUAUUACCAAAAUUAAUAUUUUUCAGACUGUUUAUUUCUUGAGUUCUUUCCUCUUUCUAUUUUAAAGAGUUAGCAGCUUUCUUUCUAAAAUAUGAGCUUUCUGAGACUUUCCAGUCAGGUAAGAGUAAAGCCAGUGUCAUGUACAUAAGUACAAUUAUGAAUACUUUAUUCAGACUUAAAUUUAACUAUUUAUGUCAGCUAUCCCAGUAUGCUGUAUAAUUAAGGAUAUAAAGUAUUGGAAACUUCUAAUGGAUUUCUUUUCGCUCUGAGUAAAUACAUAAACAUUCCACAGAAGUUUUUAAUGUUCAGAAUUUUUAAAACAUCUAACAAAUAUAAAUAAAGAGAAAAUUGACAUCCUCUGAAAGUCCACAUAUAAUUGUGUAGAAUCCACUGGGAGUCAUUGUUGCUCACCAGUAGUAAUUGAUAAAGGGAGUAUUCAAGGCUUUUAAAAUACUGUAGUUCAUGGACACAAAGUGGGGAGGGCAAGCCGGGGAAUUAAAACUAUAAAGUCACCUCACUGAUUUCUAAGGAAAGUAUAUGUCUGGAAUAUUCCAAGGGAACGGACAAAUCUAUGGAGAAGGUUUGAAAUGACCCUUCCACUUAGCAAAUUACAGGGAA